GUUAAUUCGUCACAGCACAGGUAGUGUCGGGCGUUUUGCUGCCGUUACGCGCUUUGUUUCUCCUAUCCGCUCCGAAAAUCCAACAUGGCGAUGCACACCAAAGUAACUCCUCCGCAGAUUCCAGAUACACGCAGGGAGCUGUCGGAGCUGGUGAAGAGGAAACAGGAGCUCGCGGAGACGCUGGCGAACCUGGAGAGACAAAUCUAUGCGUUUGAAGGCAGCUACCUGGAAGACACUCAAAUGUAUGGCAACAUCAUAAGAGGAUGGGAUCGGUACCUAACCAACCAGAAAAAUUCCAACAGCAAAAAUGACAGAAGGAACAGAAAGUUCAAAGAAGCAGAGCGGCUCUUUAGCAAAUCAUCUGUCACAUCCGUCGCAGCGGUUAGUGCUCUAGGAGGAAUACAGGACCAACUUAUAGAAAAAAGGGAGCCAGGCAGUGGAACGGAGAGUGACAAUUCCCCGGAUUUCCAGAACCAGGAGAACGAGCCCAGCCAGGAGGACACGGAGGAUAUGGAUGGGCCCUUGCAGGGGAUGAAGCCCCAGAAGGCUGCCUCGUCCUCUUCUGGCAGUCACCAUGGCAACCACAAGAAGAGGAAAAACAAAAACCGGCACAGCCCGUCUGGCAUGUUUGAUUAUGACUUUGAAAUUGAUCUGAAGAUGAAUAAGAAACCGAGAGCUGACUAUUGAAGGGUUCCAGACCAGUCGCAUGUUAUAGUGGACGUACAGCGAAGGCAUACCGUGUCUUGGAUUCACAGGCAUUGUCAGAAGCUAUAGUGUGAAAAAUGUUCACAAAGUAAUGGAGCAAAUGUUUCGACUACCUUCUCCUAGCUACUGUUUCCAAUGAUAAAUUCCUGUUUUUUUUACAGUACAAGUGCAUUGUGUAAAUGGCCCUUGUAUUUUUUUUAUUGAUAAUGCAGGAGGAAGGAUUGUGAGGUACAUAGUUAGUUCUGUAUGUGCCAAAGCUUCAGCACAGACUUGGGUCCCAAAGUAACUGCAUUGUGGGAAGACGCAUAAAGCAUGUAGAAUGGGAGAGUUUUUGUUUCAAAAUUGUUCCCACAUCAUGAACACCUAGUUUUCAUCAAAAUUAUUUGGCUGCUGCAGUUUAGACCUGCAAUUCUAAUUUUAUUUUUUUUGUUGUGUAAUUGUUCCUUAAUCUACAUGCAAUGUUAUUUUUUCUUUGGAGUUUUUUGUACAAUUAAGAGUUUAACAUUUGUAAGAAAAAUAAAAAUAUGAAAUGUCA